UCACAGACACAUCACACAGUGGAAGAGGCAGCACGGGCACAGAACGCACUGACUGAUUCGGGAUUGUACCAUCAAUAGAAAAUAAUAAUAAUAAAACAUUUCAAAUUGAUUGGAAUAGGAAUUACCCUCCUUUCUUCUUGCCAGUCCUCAUGGAGAAACAGAAAGUGUUGGAUCAGAUGCUUGCAGAACUGGAGGAAUUUUUAAAAAUCCUGGACAAGGAAAACCUUAGCAGCACUGCUAUCGUGAGGAAAUGUCUUCUGUCAGAGCUGCUACAGACAUAUAUGAAAUCUGACGGUUGUGAUGAGGAGUACAUCUACAUGAACAAGGUCAUCAUCAGCGGCGAGAACCAAGAACAGCUCGUAUUUGAAAGAGAUGAUCACAACGACUCCUUAACCAAUGGGAGUUUGGGAAAACAUUCACCAGCGCCUCAGAAGAGCCUGCCUGAUCUUCCUCGUCCAAGACCAUGUUCAGACAGGGAGCCUCUUCCAGCACCCAAGCUGGAGUCCCCCGAGGGGUACUAUGAAGAAGCACAGCCGUAUGACACAGCUGCCAAUGAUAUUGGUUGUUUCGGUAGACUUAUCGUCUCUGGAGCCAGGACACAUAUAGAGGCUGCUGAUGGUGUGAAUUAUGCUACGAUCAGCAGGGAGGAUGGUGAAGCCGUCAGCAGCUCCUAUGAAUCAUAUGAUGAAGAAGAGGUGACCAAAGGGAAGUCCACCACCCAUCAGUGGCCGUCCACUGAGGCCUCCAUCGAGCUCAUGAAGGACGCACGCAUCUGUGCCUUCCUUUGGAGGAAGAAGUGGCUGGGUCAGUGGGCCAAACAACUGUGUGUCAUCAGGGAAAACAGACUGCUGUGUUACAAGAGCUCGAAGGACCAGAAUCCUCAGCUAGAUGUGUCUCUGGUUGGCUGCAGUGUUGUUUACAAAGAGAAACAAGUCAAGAAGAAAGAGCACAAUCUGAAAAUCAUUCCCCUUACUGGAGACGUGAUCGUCCUGGGGCUUCAAAGCAAGGAGCAGACUGAACAGUGGCUUAAGGCGAUUCAGGAGAUCACCACAAAACAAUUCGAAAUUUCUGAUGGAUCCCAUUACACCUCAGAUUCACCACGCCUCAGAUGCACCAAAGUUGACGUACAUGAGAGACAUUCAAUAGCAUCGGAGAGUGGAAGCAGCACGGACAGUCAUGCAGAAACCCUGGAGAUAAAAGAUGUUAAGAAAAAAUACGGAGCAGGAUUGAAACUCAGUAAUUUCAUGAACAUUGGGAAAAAGAAGUGCAGCUCUUUGGAGAGCCCAGAGAAAUGUGUCGACACGUCUGGUUACGUGAAUGUGCUUGUGAACAACCAGUGGAAGACACGAUGGUGUCUGAUCGAGAAAGGACAGCUUUACUUCUAUCAGGACAAGAGUAAAAACAAAGCCGUCCACCAGCCACUGUCCCUGGGGGGGUGUGUGGUGGUGCCAGACCCCAGUCCAGAGCACUUGUACUCCUUCAGGAUAUUGCACGAGGGGGAGCAGAGGGCUACACUAGAGGCGAAGUCUUCAGAUGAGAUGGGUCACUGGCUGGGUCUGUUAUUAUCAGAGUCUGGAUCCAAAACCGACCCUGAGGAGCUUACUUACGAUUAUGUUGACUCAGAGAGGAUAUCAUGCAUCGUCAACGCCGCAAAGAAUUCUUUGAACCUCAUGCAGAGGAAAUACUCGGAGCCCAAUACAUACACAGAUAACCUGCCUGCCAUUCAGAAUGAUUCCGAUGACAUUUACGAUGAUGUGGAUGUGCCCGAACACACGCAAGAGAAUGCCGUGGACUCCAGGAGCCCUGAGCAGGAGAUGGACAGAGUUUACCUGGACCUGAUCCCAGUCAAGCCCUCUCCUGGGGGAUCCCCUGUCCUGGGGAGAGCCUCCUGCCAAGCUCUGGACUCGGAGAGGGAGGGGGACAGCCAGCCUCUGGAAGGAACCAGCAAGUCAUUUCAGCAGAGGACUGAUUCUGAGCUACCACCAGCAAGGACUAACAUUAAAACUCAGACAUCUACACCAGAAAUGGAUGUUAAUCAGGCCUCUCCAAAGACCACAAUUAAAAUCCAAUCCCAGCACCAGAAAAUCUUCUUCCCCAGCACUGACCCACAGAAGAAAAGCACAGCCAGUCGACAAGCAGUGAGAGUGACCUCUGAGAUGCCAGACAGGACCAAGCUCCCAGCAGCAGGAUCCAUAGAGACCAGACUGGGGAAGGGUCGGACCGAAGCAGAGAUCCGUCGCUUCACCGACGAGAGAGACAGGCUGGAGAGGGAGAAGGAGCAGAUCCGCAACAGCCUGGCCCUGCUGCGCAAACACAAGCGGGAGCUCAAAGAAGACAUCAGCAGCUCUAAAGAUGCAGGCAGGCUAGCUGCUCUGGAGCACGUGCUGAGGGAGAUGGAGGAGGACUGUAAGCAGAAAGAGAGGCAGCGAGUGGACCUUGAACUGAACCUGAUGGAAGUAAAAGAAAGCUUAAAGAAAGCAGAAUCAGGGCCAGUAACGUUGGGGACAGCGGUGGACAGCAGCCUUUUAGAAACAGCAAGUUCAAGAUUACCAGAGGCAAAAGCAGCUACAUAUACAGCCCCAGCAGCACCAAACAAUGGAGAGGUUUCACCAGUCAACUGUGCAACAAACUUAAAGAACAGACCCUUAUCAAUCAUGGUGGCAAGCAAGGGGAAUGUCUUACAGAAAGCAAAGGAAUGGGAGAAGAAGGCCACUGGUUAGAAAGCACCCUCCCCUUUACGGGCUGUAAGACAGACUGGAGCCCUGCGGACAGGCUGACUGGAGAGAGCUGCUCUGGAGAGAUCCACCCUGUAAUACAGACUGGAACUCUGCGGACAGGCUGACUGGAGAGAGCUGCUCUGGAGAGGUCCAAAACCUGCAUUAAAAAAGCCAUUCUUUUUACUGUACCACUAAACCAACCCAAGUGACAACCAGCCAAAAUAAUCGUAUUGUUAGUGUUACAAGCCUGUUCUUCUGGACAAGAGCUCUAUGUAUGUUUACUGCAGAAAAACCCAAAACAAAGUAUAUUGCUGCAUUAUUUAGGCUGUUUAAGAAUUGAGCGCACGUAACUACCGAUCAGCUGACAGGACUUGGGUCGUAGGUACUGUGUAUCCCAUGUUCGCAUCCCCACAGUUCUCUGCUAGUGCACAAGAUGCAGGUUCUGCAGUUUGUUAGAGCAGAGGACUGGGAGGCUGGUGGAACCAUUUUCUUAUACUAUGACUUCACUUCCUGUUGCCUCAUUCUAAAUUCUGUGCACAAGAUUAAUUGAUGAGCUAGUCGAGGUAGUCAAAGGGUUUGCUUAUUUAUUUGACUCUUGUCUUUCAAGGCUGCCAGCUUCGCUAGAUACUUAGUAUUUUAGUACUUUUGAAAAUGUAUCACAUUUGUUGUGAAAGGAAAUGUCUUUAGUUUAUUUUUAAAAAAUGUUUUAUAAAUGAUCCUGAGAUCAGAAGGUAUCAAGCCCCAUCAAAUAAAAAUGUACAGCUUGAAAGUAUUUUGUAAUUGCUGGGGAAGGUUUGCGGGCAUGAGUUCAGGUAAUCUUGCGUGAUAUCCAGGAGCGCUUUGUCCCCUGUGUGUUAAGAGGGUGAAACUUUUAGAUAUUUUUAGAUUUUUAAAAAAAAAAAUGAAUUGCAGUAUUAGAAAUCUGCCACAUGCAAAAAAAAAAAAAAAAAAAAAAAAAGUAAACAGGCAUAUGGAGUAAAGGUAUUUUCUGCAUUUAUUUAUGUAUAAAUGUACAUUUGCUCCAAAAGUUGCAGUUUUGCCUAUGCAAACCUCCACACGAAGAGCUGUUAAGAGUAGAAGCAGGGUAGGUUGGUUACGGUUAUAAGGUCAUGUUAUGUGUGAGACGUGUGGAACCGGAUAUUGAAUACAGAAGCAGGAAUACACAACCCAGCUCUUCAGAAGACAGAGGGACAAUGUUAACUCCAACACUGGUGUAUUUGUCGUUUUAUUUUAAUAAUAGUGUUCUGCGGUUGAAGCCUGGGAAAAUCAAUCAUUUCUGUUUUGGAUGAGAAAAAUCCCACAUGCAUUAGCCAUCCCACUUUCUCAAAAGAAGGUCUUCUCUGGAACUAUGUGCAGACAAUGUAUAUUUUAUAUGUAUGUAUUUCAUGUAUGUCUUCAGCAAGGUUGUAAAUAAGCGCAUCUAUAGUUUAAAGAGUUACUUUGAAAUGUUGAUGUAUACCAGUUACACCGCUACAGAUUUAUUCUAAUAAAUGUAUAAAUCAAAA